CGAGAGCGGCCGGUGGUCUCUUUCUCUCUCUAUUUACAUUCUAUCGUGCUCAGUAGACAACACGGCUCACGAUACGGCGUAUCGAACCUCGCAAUUUAGUCAACAAAUAGUAUAGAUAAAGAAUAGUUAUUUUUUAAGUUAAAACUUUACUGACAGGUGUUUUAUUGUGUGUUUUAAUCGUGUUUACGUUAAAAAAUGGCUGCCACCAGUGUAACGUGUCGCGCCUUGGUUUUACUUCGGCUGGAGAUUACCCGUGGUUUGAGUGUCGCGUCCUUGGCUACUCCCCGAAGAUACCAUAAUGAAACAUGGUGCAAACGAUGGUGGCAUAUAUCUCAACGAGGGCUUUCAACAACAAGAGGUACUUUUGGCCCAACAAUCAGCCCCAUACUUAGUAAAGAACAAAAGGAAUCUAAAGAUACGAAAAGUCAACACCAAAAUCAACAUCAGCAACAAAAGCCGUUAAAGGAAUCAAAAAAUGAAAAAGAUCCUAAUGAACCCGACAGUACGACUCUUCUAGGUGUGACAAUUGAUUUCCAUCGAGGCUACCCGCGAAUCACGGUACCUCUGCCAUCGCGAAAAGAAAAGUGCAUCUUCACCCUCAAGCCAAUAACCAACACAGUGGGGGAUUUUAUUCAUAUGUUGAAAGAAGAAGACCGUGGAAUAGACAGAGCAUGUAUUACGACAUUAGAUGGUGUUAGAAUAUGUAGUCACAACACGAUAGAGUCGCUUUUAGAUAACGAUUUUAGACUAGUCAUCAACGACGUGACUUACGAUGUCUCGCCACCUGAAAAAGAAAAAUACUCGAUGGAAACCAUGCAAAAAUUGUCAGACGUUCAAGUGACGGUGAGCCAACUCUACGAAACUCUACAGUGCACUGAGUAUAAUUCAGUUUUAGAGCGAGAAGUGAUAGCUGAAUUGGAGCAGGUGAUGAUAGAGUUGGAGCCAUUAGAACUAAAAAAACAAACGCUGGAAGUGGCCGCGGAGAGACGAGCGAACCUUCACUCAUGGAUAGGACUCGUUGCCAUGGCCGUGCAGUUUGGGAUCCUUGCAAGGUUGACCUGGUGGGAGUAUUCGUGGGAUAUCAUGGAGCCCGUGACCUACUUCGUAACAUACGCUACGGGCAUGCUCUGUUAUAUCUACUUCAUCGUAACAAGACAAGAAUACAUGCUACCAGAGGUAAUGAACAGACGGUACUUAAUAGCUCUUCACAAGCGAGCUAAAGCAGUAGGACUCGAUUUAACAAGAUACAAUAUGCUCAAAGAUCAGGCUUACGAGCUUGAGACAACCCUUAAAAUAAUUCGCGGGCCACUGUGGAACCACAAGAACAAAAUAGAAAAAAAAUUGCGCGACAAAGCUAGAAGUAGCAGCAGCUCCAGCUCUAGCUCGAGUUCACGUUCUCCUUCCUCGAGUCCUUCUCCUAGUCCCGAAAAAACUGCACGCACGUGAAUUAACUUUCAUACCAUCAUAAUAUAAAUAAUUAUGACUGACGACUGGCUUUAUUUAUCUAUUUUUUUUAAAGCACCUACGAUUUUAUUAUUAUAAUUAUUAAUUAUUAUUAUUACGUCUGUGUGACGAACGCUCAAUCGAGUCGACACUAUACAUCGAAAAAUAUUAAAUAUAAUUGUUGACAAUGGUAUGAAAAAUGUUCAUCAACAAUUUAUGGUUCAUUGUGGACUUUUUCUUUUGACGAAACUCAUUCUUCAUAAUUCGCGCAUAUCUCCAACGUAUUUUACGUAUUUGUCUUUAAAAUUGACCAAAAAAAAAAAAAAAUGAAUAAAAAAAUAUAUUACACUUAAAAUAAUAAAUUCCGCGUUAUCUGUGGAAUUAGUGUCACCCACGGGGCCAUUUACAAAUUACUAAACUCACUGAAUAAAGAAAUACUUGCUAAAUAAUUACAUCUCCAAUAAUUAAUUAAUCAAUUUCAUACAUUAUAAUUAUAAUUAUUAUAACUAUUUUUGUUAUUAUUAUUAUCAUCAUCGUUGUAAUAGUUUUUAAUGUGAUUUUAAUGUACUUCGAUAAAUAUGAUCUUCCAUACGUUACUAUUAUUGUGUAAUAAUAAUACUAAUAAUUUAUUAUUAUUAUUAUUAUUUCAUUAAAUUAUUUAAAUAGUUUCAUCUUUGUUAUAUAGUAUGUUGGUUAUAAGCGCGUAUAAAUAACAGAGAUGAUUUAUGAAUAUUAUUCUCAAAUGCAAAUUUCAAGUGGUAGUUAAUUUUAAAUAAUCAAAUAGUUGAUUUAAAUUUUAAAUUUAAAAAAAAAUCGUCUUUAAUUUUUAAAAACUUAUUUGUAAAUAUUAUAUUUUUAUUAUGAAAUCGUGUUGAAGUAAAACUUUUAUAAAAUUCUCAUAAUUUAUUUUUUAAUUGUAAUUAUUAUUAUUACUAUAAAUAUUGUGUGUUGACGUCAUAAAUUCUUGUGCCAAUUUUCGUGAUUGCUCUAGUCGAAUUUUGAUAUUAUUUUCUACCUCGAUUUAAUAACAGGUGUCAUUAACUACUGUUUACAUUUAUAUUAUUGAUGUCAUAAUGAAGCUCUAAUAAAAUAAUUGAAGCAUCUAAAUUGACGCUCCAUUAAUUAGAAAAAAAAAGAAACAACAAUUAACGUUUAUCAGUUAUUAUUGUACACAAUGUUUUCUUAUUUAUGACUAAUUUGUGUGUUUAAUUAAUUUCUGCGCUUCAAUAGCUCGACAUUUAUAUACUUGUCAUCAACAUAAACAAUCCUUACGAAUAAAUUAAGUAAUUAAUUAUAAAGUGUAUGAUUUAUUAGUCUCAUUGUAAUUAUAAGUGUUAAAAAAAAUUUUUAAACAAUUAUCAUUUCUUUUCUCAUCACAUUAUAAAAAUAUAAAUAUAAUUAUCUUUCACAUUUUAUCCGUCCGCAUAGACAGGUGAUUUUAAAUCUGCAUAAUUAGACAGCGGUACUGCUUUUGCACACAAAAAAAAACUGAAUUAACUAAUAAAUUAUAACUUAAACAGAAAUUGAAAUUUCAACGCCGCUAUAUUUACAUUUAGAUAUUUAUCUUGACUUAAAGAAUUUUAAAAAAUACAUUUUAUUUAUCUCUUUAAAUUCUUCCUAAAAACUUAUUUUGUUUAUUAAAAAAAAUUAAAUUCAAAUUAACAUAUAAAAUAAUAAUUAAUAAAUUUCAAUAGGAGUGAAAAAAAUUAAUGUCAUUACGCACUUUGUCUUGCACUUGACUUAAAAUUUUAUAUAGAAUCAAAUUUCACGUUUAUCAAAUAAUUACACUAGUUAAAAAUAAUAAUAAAGUUGUCGAAAAAAAAUAAAAACUAAAAAAAACACUUACAAAUAAUGUACAUUAAGAUAAAUAAUUAUUUGUUUAAUCUGCAUCGCACAAUCUUUUACGCGUU